AUGGACGACCUUGGAGCGAUCGUGCUCGACAACGGGUCGGGCUGCAUCAAGGUUGGCUUCUCGGGCGAAGACACACCACGUGGCAUCUUCCAGACGUCCUUGGGCACGCCACGGAAUCCCGAGUGGCUCCUCUCGCACCACAACGGGCUCAAGCCCGACCGCGAUUUCUUUGUCGGGAAGGAGACGGCAAGCAUCCGCGACCAUCUCGAGAUUGUCGACCCAAUCUUGCGCGGCAACGUCACGGAUUGGGAUGCCAUGGAGAAGGUGUGGGACUACACGUUUGAACGCGAGCUGCGCAUGAACCCCGAGGCCAUCAACAUGCCGGUGCUCUGCACAAGCGCGCCGCCGGCAUCCAAGGCGCAACUGGCCAAGACGGCGCAGCUCAUGUUCGAGUCGUACAAGGUGUCGGCCUUCUACAGCAUGCAGCAGUGCGUGCUCUCGCUCUUCGCGUCUGGUCGGACGCGUGGAAUUGUCGUCGAGGCCGGCCACGGAUCGAGCCACGCGGUGCCCAUCUUUGAGGGCUACGCGCUGCCGCAUGCGACGCUGCAUUUGCAAGUCGGCGGCAUGGACAUCACAAAACACCUCGAGCUCCUCAUUAGCAAAAGCGGGUAUGCGCUCAAGCUCCAGCAUGUCUCGGUCUUUGCCGACAUGAAGGAGAGCCAUUGCUACACGAUGACAGGUCGCGACGCGCCACUCAACGAGACCAACAAGCCGUUUGAGCUACCGGACGGAACGGUCAUCACGAUCAACAGCGACUGCCGGUCCAAGGCCACGGACGUUCUCUUCGAUCCGUCGGCGCUGCCCGACGAUCAUCCUGCCAAAGAGACCAAGAGCUUGCCGGACCUCGUCGCGCAGAGCAUCUCCAUGUGCGACAAGGAUCUCCAGCGCGACCUUCGCGGUGCUGUGGUCCUCGCUGGCGGCACGACCAUGAUCCCAGGGCUCGCCAAGCGACUGCACCACGAGCUCCGCACGAAGCUCGUCGAGCCCGACAUUCGCGUCGUGCCAGACUACGAGACGCGCGAGCGAGGGUACAACACCCACCGCAAGAUCGCAGCGUGGAUCGGCGGCUCCAUGUUUGCGUCGCUCCCAACGUUCAAGGACAUCCAGAUCACACGACAAGAGUGGGAAGAGUACCACGAGUCGAUCUUGGAUCGCAAGUGCUUUUGAUCGUGAUUUC